CUUGUAUCUGCGAUCUCUGACUGGUCAAUCUAUCUCUCAUCCGCCCAGUAGCACUCGAGUCUCGUCAUGGAAAACUACAGUACAUAAGUAAACGAAGUACAUGUAGAGAACCGUGAACACGGGAUCUCAUAACCUCUUCAGGAAACGAUACGCCUGUCCAAUGGGAACUUCUGUGGCUGCAGGUCACCACUCCAAGACGCAUUGCAUCCGUUUCUAUAAGAAAGGAAAGCAGGUCGACCAGCGGAAGCUUUGAUGGAUUAGCUGGUGCCAUUCCUGAUACUGACCUCAAAAUCAUCUCGAAAAUGCCUGAACUCCAUCGUACUUUGCCUGCAUCCUGGUAUCGUAGUCAAGGGCUCUAUCAGCUUGAAAGGAGAGCCGUGUUUCUGAAGUCAUGGUAUCUUUUAGGUCCCGUCACUCGAUUCCGUGAGGUGGGCGCAAAAGUCGAAUACGAGAUCGCUCAGCGCCCACUGGUUGCUUUUCGAUGCUCCGGGGAUGGCCCUUAUCCUGGCGCAGAGGAGAUCCAAGUGCAAUGCGCGGAGACUGAACGACCGCUAAGACAUCGUGUCACUCCCACUGGUCUGGUCUUCGCAGCCUUGGGGGACGAGGCCCCGAGUUUCCAUGAGUAUUUCCCCGACCUGGAACCGUUGCUCCAGAAAGUGAACUUUACCAAGCUUCCGUACCGACACAGCAUCAAAUAUGAAGGUCGAUUCAACUGGAAGACUAUGGUGGAUGGCUACCAAGAGUGCCUGCAUUGCCAGUACACGCACCCGUCCUUCUCCGUCUACUACCCCCCGACCUCGUACGCGGUGCACAACCAUCAAAACUUCUCCCAGCACAUAGCCGAUCCUGCAAAAGCGGACGACGGCCUUUUUCUGUACUUUUUCCCGAACUGCACCCUGAAUGUGUAUGGCGGGGGCAUGUCGUCGUUCCGCGUCUGUCCGACGGAGGAUCCUCAUGUGACGAGGAUGGAAUUCGACUACUACCACAUGGAGUCGGGCGAGAAGUUCGAGCAGUACUAUAAGUUCGUUCGGCAGGUGGCGAUGGAGGAUUACGAGCUGUGUGAGAAGGCUCAGGAUAACCUUGCUAGGGGCAUUUAUAGCGAAGGGAUCUUGAACCCGGAGAAGGAGAAUGGGGUGUCGUUCUACCAGGGGCGCGUGUUUGAGCUGGUGUGUGAGCAGUACGCUGCCGAUCAAGCGAAGCAGGCAGGGAGUAAGAAAGCGAUUGCACAUAAGGAAGGAGCUGAGAUGACUAUGGCUGUUGUUGCAUGAUACCGGGACUGAACGGUGCGAACAUCCAUAAUAAUUAAAUGAGUGGUUCGCUAUCAACGCUUGACGUC